AUGGGACGUAAACAAGCUCCGUCUAGAUGCAAUCGCGGCGCCAAACGUCAGGACACCGUGAAUCAAGCUUUACGUGGUAGUAAAAGCCACGUCGGCCAGCAAAAUCAAACAUCUUCAAAGAACUUUGUCGACAAGCAGAAGCUUCAGAAUAAACGCAAACAGCUCCGUAAUCAAUUAGUUGGACGCCAUCGUGGUGUUGUCUCCGGUCUGAGUCUAACAGACUUAGCGAAUCGUGCCACUCAAAGCUCACAAGAAUUUGAUCUCAAUCAAAAUAAAACGCAGCAAACUUCAGUGCAAGACGAACUCGUCAUUAAUGACGCAAGUCGACGUGCUUACAUGAAAGAGCUUCGCAAGGUUGUUGACAAAGCCGACGUUAUCUUAGAGGUGCUCGAUGCCCGCGAUCCCAUGGGUUGUCGUACGCUUGAUAUGGAAGACACAAUUGGAAAUCGUUACGGUAAGAAACUGGUACUAGUUCUCAAUAAGGUUGAUCUAGUGCCUCCGCACGUACUGCAGCCGUGGCUCAAAUACUUGCGGGGCUAUUACCCAACAGUAGCUUUUAAGGCCUCGACUCAAAAUCAGUCAAAGCAUCUUAGCGCUACAUUUGGACGAGCCGACAAAGCAGCGGUGGACGCUGUGAGUGGUAGCAAAGCGGUAGGUACCGACGCACUCAUGCAGCUGCUUAAAAAUUAUUGUCGGAAUCAUGGUCUUAAAACGGCUAUUACUGUUGGAGUGAUUGGCUAUCCAAAUGUGGGCAAAAGUUCUGUUAUAAAUUCAUUGAAACGGAGCAAGGCGGCCAGUGUGUCUAGCAUAGCAGGCCACACGAAGGUGAUGCAAGAAGUGCAUAUUGACAGCAAGAUUAAACUCUUGGAUUGUCCUGGAAUUGUAUUUGAUCACUCGGAUUCGAGUGCGCUACUACUUCGAAAUUGUAUCAACACGGAAUUAAUGGAGGAUCCAAUUGGGGCGGUUCAAGUAUUGCUUACACGCUGCCAGCCCGUGCAGCUCGCAGAGCUUUACAAGUUGCCGGUUGAUACAAUAUCCAAAUGUUUUCAAGAUGCCGUCCAGUUUCUUGUCCUUGUGGCACAGUCUAAGGGAAAACUAGGCAAAGGAGGCAUUCCUGACCGUCACGCGGCUGCUCGCAUUGUAUUGCAAGACUGGAAUCGUGGUAAGCUACCAUACUUUACACCACCACCGGAUCAAAGCGUCCAAGUGCUUGACACGCAACUGGUGACGGCUUUUGGACAGGAAUUUGAUGUCACCGAUGAGCAGCUGAAUCCUACAAGCAUUUUCCUCCCGAACUCGUCUACUCCUUCCGGCGGUAAUGGUCCUCAGUGUUCUCUAUCUGUGACCAACAGUGGUAGUGGUGACGUACUAAUGGGAUCAGAGACACCAGCAAGCGCGCCAUCGAUUGCUUCCGUUCGUAUUAACCGCUUGCUGGACAGCGAUUCCGACUCUGAUUCCGUCAUGUCGGAUUUGGUCGACGAUAGCGCCGACAUUGGUGAAUGGAGGCUGCCUCCUAGCACUUUGUCGACCCAAGAGCUGGCAGUCAAGCUCGCACAGGAUGCUUUGAACCCACAAACGGCUAUGGCGGCUCGACGAAAGGCCAAGCAGUGGCGCAAACUAAAGAGACGUGCAGCUCGACAGCAACUUGGAACAGAAGCCGAAUCAUCAAUCAGUGAACAGUUUGGCAGUAUGAUGGGUAUUGCAGCGCCUACACCUGCGAUUUCUUACACGACACAAUAG